AUGGAAGGCACUACUGAUCCGAGCUCGAAAGAAGCAGAAGUUGAGCUCUACACCAUCCCUGCUCAAUCCAGUUGGUUCUUAUGGGAUGAUAUACACGAAAUUGAGAGACGCGAGUUUGAGGAGUUCUUCAGUGAGAGCUCAAUCACUAGAACACCGAAAGUGUACAAGGAAUACAGAGAUUUCAUUAUCAACAUGUACAGGGAAGACACUUCUCGGAGGCUUACCUUCACCAGCAUCCGCAAGUUUCUCGUCGGCGAUGUCAAUCUGCUUCAGAAAGUCUUUCUCUUCCUCGAAAAUUGGGGAUUGAUCAAUUUCGGCUCCAAAAGUGAUCAUGAGAGUGAAGGGAAGCAUCACGCUAAGUUCGAACAAGGCACUCCACUUGGGAUUCGAGUCACUGCAACCCCAAAUUCGAUGAGGCCUAUCACCGUGCCGACCCUUGUUGACGAAAUCACUGAGACCGCCGUCAAAUUACCGCCUCUGACCUCUUAUUCAGAUGUUUUCAGUAAGCCUGAUGAAUUGGUUUGUGGGCAUUGUGCACAACCUUGUGCUUCUGCUUUCUAUGAACAUAACAAGAGUGUUUUUAAGUUAUGCGAAAAGUGUUUCAAGAACGGAGACUACGGGGAGAACAAUUCCUCUGAUGAUUUCAAGUUGAUUGGGGACUCUGCUGCAGCUGUGUGGACCGAGGAAGAGACCCUCCUCUUGCUAGAGUCUGUGCUGAAGCAUGGGGACGAUUGGGAACUCAUUGCACAGAGUGUUUCUACAAAGACUAGACUUGAUUGCAUUUCGAAGCUCAUUGAGCUCCCCUUUGGAGAGUUUCUCAUGGGUUCUGCUUCUGGAAGACUCAGUUCCUCUGUCCCCACCGAGGAUGAAAAUGGUGGACACCAUUCGUCUCCAUCCCAUCCUGUAGAACAGAUGGAAAUCGACGGUCAAUCACACAAGGAAACAGAGGCGAGGGAAGAAAAGGAAGAUCACGCGGAUGAUGAUGAGCCUCCAGCAAAAAGGAAACGUGGUUCACUAAUAUCAGACGGUGAUAGUUCACUUAUGAAACAGGUGGCAGCAAUGGCAAGCAAAGCUGGUCCAUCUAUCUCAACCGCUGCUGCAAAAGCUGCAAUUGCGGCUCUUUGUGAAGAAGCCUCAUGUCCAAAAGAGAUUUUCGAGAAUGGUGAUUACACAAAUUCUGCAGCUGACAGAGCUGAUGGAGGCAGAGAUGCAGAGGAACAGCAAGAAGACAAAGAAGACGGGACAGAGGAACUUCCUGUAGCUCUAAGGAUAAGGGCGUCUGUGGGAACAGCUCUAGGAGCAGCGGCUGCACACGCGAAAAUGCUGGCUGAUCAAGAAGAAAGAGAGAUGGAACAUUUAGCAGCGAGUGUGAUAGAACAGCAGCUGAAGAAACUGAAGAGCAAGUUGAAGUUUCUGGACCACUUGGAAAUGAUAAUGGAUGAGGAAGAGAAAUGGAUGGAGGGUGUCAAAGAAACAACUCUCCAAGAGAGGAUUAGCGUUUUGCAAUGCGCGUUUCGUGGCGGUAUCACCAAACGUUGGGAUCAUACGUACGUGAAGUGA